UCCACCGACCUUUGAAAGAUCACGACGACUCUGCUUGAUGAUCACAUACCUAGAUUUAGGAUACUUCCUCGCAGGAUUCCCCUAACUCUCUCAUUUACAUGGAGCAUACCAUGUCCGAAGACGAGAAAAACUUCCCAAUGGACCCACUACUUUUUGUUCUCCUUAUCUUUUUUUCUGCCGAGAAAGCGAGUUAUGAACUUUCCAGGAAGCAGCUGAGAAGAUAACAACGACUUCACAGGAAGCAGGUCGGAAGAUAACAAGGACUUUCAUUUUAGCCGUGAAGGGCAAGGCAGCCUUGCAGACGUGCUUAAACAGGUAAUGCAGUCUCUAUGUUCCAUUCUACAUACACAUUAGCUCUCAAACAGGCAGGCGUGGAGUUAUCCUAAGCGAUUCAUUCUUUCAGAUCGUCUAUUUUUCAUUUGCAUCCAUCAUAAUGGCUUCCGCAACACCCCCUGUUACGCCUGCUCAAAUUAUAGAUCAGGUUCUCAAAGCAGGCAUAAGCACGCCAGAAUAUCUCCAACAGUUAGUCACUAAUAUUGACACUCUUCUCGAUCAGUAUACUAACAAGGGGAAACAAAAAGCCACUAAUGACAAGUUGGCUUCUGCGCAAGCGGGGUUACCCUCUCCAUCCCACGUUGCCGCAUUUUCAGAAGAAGCAUCAAAAAAUGUCAAGCUUAUUUCCGAUCAGAUAUCCAAAUCCAGUGGCGACAAACAUGAUACAACAAUAUCAGUGUUAAAUGCACUUGGCAAUGUUCAUUGGGUCGGUGUGGGAUUUCUACUGGUGGCUGCAGUUAUUGAAAGGCUGGAUAAAAUAAAAGCGAACAAGAAGGAGUGCUUAGGACUUCUGAAAUCCAUGAACGAUUUGGCCAAACAAAUAUUGCAGCUUCAGCGUCUUCCGCAUCUGAAGGAAGAGAUGCAGGACAAAAUGAAGGAAUCUAUACAUCUAAUUGUGGAUGGGGUAAUCUUAUGUUAUGUACAGCAAAAAAAGAAACGUCUAGUAAGAUUGUUGGUAGCUGGAACGGAUGGAGAAGAACUUGCACACCUUCGCAAUCAAGUGGAUGAAAUGUGCAGGACGCUCCAUUCGCAAAUGAGCCUCUCUACUUUAGAUGUUGUGCACAUCAAUAUAGCACGCAGCCAACCACCGGUUCCAUUCCAUAAUUCUACAGUUGUGGGCAUAGAUCACAAGAUUACUGAAGUGAUUCAACUCCUUGAGUGGGAUAAUGACAAUCCAGUUGUGGCCGUGAUAGUACACGGCAUUGGUGGAGCCGGAAAAACUACUUUGGCAAAUCAAGUGUUUGCAUCUUUGAAUCUGCAGGCCUGGAAAUAUUCUAAAGUCACUGUUGUCAAAAAUUUAGAAUCAAAUCCUAACAUAGAAGAAAUACAAUCUGAGAUUUUAAGCGACUUGACUGGGAUAAAACAUGAUAAGGUGAGAGAUUUUCAGGAUGGACAACAAAAGCUGAAAUCGAUUAUGGAGAAAGAAGUUGUUUUCAUAUACAUCGACAACAUCUUAAAGAGAGAACAUCUGGAACAUCUUAUACCCAAGCUGAUCGACAGUCCAAAAAAAGUGAGGAUUCUUGUAACAGCAAGAAAAACAAAUGUCUCCGGAGUCUUUGAAAGCUGCAGAUUUAAACCCUGUAAAUUAUACGCCAUUGAAUCCCUGUCUGUAGAGGCAUCCCUUGAAAUUUUGUUUAGGAAAAUUGAUACUGAAAGAUACAUUGAUUCCAUGGUGGAAGAAAGGCCUCAGGCUAGGGAGAUUGCAAAGAAAUGCAGUUGCUGUCCCCUGUUUUUGGAAGUGGUGGGAGCGUAUCUCCAUAAAAGAAAUAACAAAGUUGAAGCUUAUGAAAAAGUUGUUGGCUGGCUAAGUGAUGGAAACGAUUUCAGCUGUGACAAGGAAGACUCUUUUGAGGAGUCUAGAAUUCUGUUUGCAUACCAUGAACUUGCACCCAGUGCUCAGGAGGCGUUCCUUGAUAUCUGCUCAUUCUUCUACGAUUGGGAGUGGAAUGAAGUUGCCUGCAUUGUGGGAGAGGAAGAACUGGAUUGUCUACUAGAGGGUGCUCUGGUCAAAAGAGUUAAGGAUGAAUCUAACCCUGAUGAGUCUUAUCAUCUAAGCAUUCACGAUCUUAUAUUGACAGCAGGUCGUAAUAAAUCAAAAGGCAAUCGAUACACAAGUGAAGAUGAUAUUUCUAUGGCCAUCGAGAGUGAAGGGGAUCUGGCCCAAACAAAAGGAGUUUGGCUAAAAUACAACAGAAAGCCGUUCCACGUGUCUGCAGAAUUAUUAGACACUAUGAGUAGGUCUCUACGAGUAUUAGGAAUGGAUAGCAACACAAUUGUGAGCGGGCAAUGCGGUAAACGGUUUGAUGAGUUGAGGUUUCUACAAGCGUGGAAGGUACCCAAUUUGGCCAUUGACAUGUUGAAGCUUAAAAACUUACGCUUCAUGGAUUGUUGUUUCCAGGAGAACGAAAUUUGGAGCCUACCAAUGCAUUUUUCUGGAUUGCAAGUACUCAAACUUAGGAAGAUUCGUAGAACUGAUAUACAGGCAGAGAUAGAGUUUGGGCAUCUUGCCAAAUUAAAACAUUUGGAGUUGGAAGGAUUUCAUAAUAAAGAAAUCUUAAGUUUUGUAAAGGUUUAUGGUCUACAGAAGCUAAAACUGUCGAGCAUUGAAGGUCUGAAGGAGCUCCCAGGGACAAUUGGGAAGCUCGGAUCACUACAGAAGUUACAUGUAUCCAGCUGUGAUGACCUGAUGCGGUUAGAAGAAGGAUUUGGAGAACUAAGCUCCCUUGUUGUGUUUGAGUUGACAAAUUCCAGAAGUUUGCAAGAACUCACAUGUGAUUUUAAGAAGCUAUUGUCAUUACAGUCACUCAACUUAUCCUAUUGCCCCAAUCUCCUUCGGCUACCGGAAGAGAUUGAAAACCUACCAUCCUUAAAAUUUGUAAAUGUUAAGGGCUGUAGUAUGUUGACUAGUAUGUCGAACAGGGUUUGCGAGUUGUCUUUCUGGCAGAACAGAAUAUCAUUGGAUGGUUGUAAAAGCCUAAAGGCGCUUCCCAUUGGCUUCGGUCAAUUCAGUUACCUGGAAAGUUUGUGCUUAGAUAAAUGUGAAAGUUUGCAAGAAUUGUGCGAUGGCUUUCACUGCUUGGCAGGGUUGAAGAUUUUAAAAAUGUAUGGAUGCAAGAGCUUGUCAAGGCUCCCUGAAGGUUUCGGCCAGCUUGGAUGUUUGGAAAACUUAUACUUAUCAGGGUGUGAUAAGAUACAAGAAUUGUGCAGCGACUUUGGAUGCCUUGGAGCUCUAAAAUACUUGCAUCUGUCGAAAUGCAAAAGCUUGUCAAGGCUCCCUGAAGGUUUCGGCGAGCUCGGAUGUUUGGAAAAAUUGUACUUAUCAGGGUGUGAUAAGAUACAAGAAUUGUGCAGCGACUUUGGAUGCCUUGGAGCUCUAAAAGACUUGCAUCUGUCGCAAUGCAAAAGCUUGUCAAGGCUCCCUGAAGGUUUCGGCCAGCUUGGAUGUUUGGAAAACUUAUACUUAUCAGGGUGUGAUAAGAUACAAGAAUUGUGCAGCGACUUUGGAUGCCUUGGAGCUCUAAAACACUUGGAUCUGUCGGAAUGCAAAAGCCUGUUCAAACUUCCCGAUUGUUUCAGUCAGCUUGGAUCCUUGGAUACGCUGGAUUUAUCAAUGUGCUGUAAACUGGAGGAGCUUUCUUGCGAUUUUCAUGGCCUGACAUCGCUUAUAAAACUAGACCUGUCAAAUUGUGAGAGCCUAGGUGAAAAUUGGGUGGACAAUGUGGGGUCUAUUCAGAGGUUGUGGCGGCUAAAUAUUUCACGGAGUGAAAGGAUGAUCAGGCGGUGGAUAAAAAUGCAAAAAGAAAAAGAAGAUUUGAAUUUCGUGGUGAUAACAGGCUCCUCCUGGGAGGAAACAGAGGAGGGACGGAAAGCUUUGUUAUUGAAGGCAGUGACAUCAAAGAUAUUUAACGAAGAGGGCCUAAUGAUUGACAUUCAUGGACGCCCUUUCUAUUCAUCGUCCCUUCCACUGGUCUCCUCUCUCAUCUUCAUUAUUGAUGUUGCAGAGCAUAGUAGCCGUCAAAUAGAUGGUAACUUAUUUGAAAAGGGUAUGCGACAACUAGAAAUGAAUUCAAGAGCGUGCUCAAUCCUAUAUGCCGGCAGACAUUUCAGUGCAUUACCGUCUGAGGUGACAAAGAGAAUUGUGGCUUAUACACCUCCAAGCUCUAAGACUUCCGUAUUCUUUGAUAAGGUGUCUGCUACAUUCCCCAAAAUCUCUGGAAGACAAACCUCUGUUUUCAGAGGCAGAGUUGGUUUAGAAGUAAAAGAAAUAAAAUGUCCGUCUGUAUGGGAAGAUGUGUCGUAUAUAUUAAAUGAAUCAGCUUUUCUCUCAAGAGCUCCGAGUGAAAGCAAUGUUGAAAUCCUGAGAGCCAUACUGCAAUCAGAUUUCCUCCUCAAGAAAAAUCAGCAGGUGAAGCUAGUUGAUUUACAAGGAAAAGUGAUAUUACUUCUCCAUACAAAGUUAGUCAUGCGCCAGGGGCGCUAUUCAGCGUUCAAUGAUUUCUAUAUGAAGAUCCAAAGCAGCCAUCACAAUCUCGUUGAGGUGAUCUCGGUUCCAUAUUGUCAUGAGAUGGACAAGGAAGAGUUUGAGAGAGUUGCUGCAGAUGUUCCAUGGCCAGUGGUCCCUAAUCCAUGGUUCAUUCAACCGUCAUUACGGCAUUUCUUUUCAUUAUCAGAAGUCCCAAACAAUUCAUCUUCAUGGUCUCCAACUGUGAUGGUAUUGGAUGGCAAAGGAAGAAUCUCCAACAAGAACGCAUGGGAGAUGAUAUCAAGGUGGGGAGAGGAGUCAUUUCCAUUUUCUCAGGAUCGUGAAGCAGAGCUCAGAAAAUCAGAAUGGGAGAAGAUGUGCAACUACAACCAAUUUGUUUUUCGAAGUCUGCCCUUCACUCCAACAGAGGUGAAGGAGGGGUUAGCAUGUGGAGAAAUAAUGUUGCUAUUCGUGGGUAGAGCACCUGACAUGUUGAAGUUCAGCGCUGAGGUGGAAUAUGCUCUCACCAAAUUGAAAAGUCAUUUUCAACUAUAUUAUAUCAGGCGUAAAUACCCUUUUAAAGAGUGGGGAACAAGUGAUGUAACGAGGGAGUACAACAUUCCCUACAUCUCGUGUAACGAAGGAUACAGAUUUUGGGAGCAUAUGAAGUAUCUGUACAACGAUUUAAGAAAAAUGGGAAGUGACGAAAAAGUAGUAAAAAUGAGAAAUAUGGUAUGUGGUAUUAUUAGUGCAGAGGUUGGGAGUGAAAGAGACAAGGAGAUAAGAGUAAUCGUAGUCGAUGAGAAGGGGAAGAUGGUGAGUGGGAGAGGAAAGGAGGUUGUAGAGGCACUCUUGCAGUUUGUUGAGAAUGACUCAAAAUUGCCGAGUGAAGUUAAAAUGGGAGGAAUUAGAGCAGUUUUGGAGGGGCAAAGGAAAGACGGGAUAAUCCAUUCUAAACAUCAUCCCCAUCAUAUUAUGCUUCAAAUAUGUAAACUUUAUGCACGGCCACGCUGUAGUCUAUGCUUCAAAAAGACUAAAUAUUAUUAUUAUCAAUGCAAUGUAUGUGAAAAUCAUGUAAUGUGUGAAGAAUGUAUUGUAGCAACAUCAGUGGGGAGGCCCCACUUUUACAAUACAUCAUAG